AUGUUCACAGCACUGGCCCAGUCAGCAGCAGCAGGUUUGACCCAAGAGAUCCCGCCUGUCCUUGACCGUCAGAUCAAAGCCAAAUCUUUAGUGAAUGAAACAACAGCUCUUCGACCAAUCGACAGUAAAGUAACUUUUACAGAACCUCGCCCUAGGCUUGACAAUAGAUCUACAGAGAAGAAAGAAAUCUCUACAAAUCAACUGCAAGCCAAGAAAUCAUCAAAGCUGCUAAUCGUUGUUGACACCAUUUUGACAUUUGUCUUUAUUGGACCUUUAGUGUCCAUAUAUUGGUACAGCACGUGGGCCUUGUGUGAUUAUUAUAUAUUCAGGAGUAAUCUGGAAGCUUCAUACUGGACAUCGUUUACCGUGGGCUGUACUGUCAUAGCCAUAGCUACACUUUUGCAAGAUGAAAUAGUCAUAUUUUCUGACAAUCGCAGGAAACCUUUUCGAUACAUUCUGAUGCGAGUAUUUACUUACAUCUUGAGCGUGGCCAGUGUCAGCCAGUGGAGGGGUGUCUGGGAUCUGGAGGACUACUACACUGGCAUCUCUUCCGUCAACGCCGCGUUAACCUACAUCUCUGUAACAGUAGUGCUCAUCUGUCUGCGAGGCCAACGCUCUGCUCUGUGCUCACCCACGACACUGUGCGUGGACGUCAGGCCGGCAGAUCAUUACAAGCUGGCAACAUUCUGGAACAUUCCACCUGGUCCGUCCUUGAAAUUUGUGCUAGAUACACUGUGCACGGCGUUUGUGAUAGAGCCUCUUACCAUUUCUGUUUGGAGAGGAUUGUGGGAGCUCAUCGACUGUCAAGUGUACCACGAUGACGAAAAGAUGAGAAUCGUGGUGUGUAUGGUUGGCUACCUGGGAACGGCUUUCAUUGUCAGCCUGUUACAAGUACCAAUACAACGACUAGCUGCUUAUCUCGAAAACGUAAACUGGUACUUAAUGCUGGCAUUUGAAAACCUGAUAACAGCCCUGUAUGUAGCGCUGUCAGUCACCAGCUGGAGAGGAUUCUGGCUAGUGUUUGAGCAGUACGCCCCACGCCAGCCAGGCUACCUUUGGCUGUAUCAUUACUUGAGUUUUGGGAUCCUAGUGGCAGGACUGGCUGCGAAUUCGGCAAUGACACAAGUCAGUCCAAGAGAUGGUUCUCUGCCAGAUGGCCAAGGUGCUACGCUAGAAUUAUCUUAUACUGCAAGAAUCAUUUCAGCUUGGCGUUCGAAAACGGAUUUCA